GACGACAAGUCGGACGUGGUGCUCGUGCUCGUGUACGCGGGCGUACAACUUGCUAGGCGGGAACUUUUAGACGUCAUUGAUAUCUUGUCCUGCAUGUGAAAGGUAGGAUGAGAGCGACAUUCCUUACCAGUUUGCGAAGAGUAACAACAACACAAUCGAACAUUGGAGCUCUGAAGACAUUUACAGUACAGCUUCAGCAACAACGUCACCUACCAAGCUCGACCAGACCAUUACACAACAUGCCUCAGAAAUCCGGCCUCGUAGCCAACGAAACAGUACGGCAAUCCACUCAAUACUCUGCCCUCGAAGGCCUCAUCACAAACGCCGCCGAAGCAAGCCCUCUGCAACGAUUCUGUGAGCCAGUCGAGCAAAAGCUACAAUCAAAUGAGGCACCAGACGAGAUAGAAGAAGAGUUGAACAUUGGCUGGAAAGCCAUCAUCACAAGAGCAGCAGCUACACCUCAUGGAGAAAGUGGUCGAUCCGCUCUGGCUGCAUUUCUGGUCAGCUUGUCGCAGAAACGAGCAGAUGGGCAACAGCCUGAUAGCUCGUAUGGCACAGUGCAAGAUAUGAAAGUGUGGCAGGACCUGCCGACAUUUGGAUGGUCUGUGAGAGAUGCCUGGAAUUUCCCCGCUGAGGACAAUGCUCCCCUAGAAGAGAAGCAGCGAUGGAUAAACGUCAAUGCCUUCGUCGCCACGCUCGUCGAUCAAUUACAAGAUAAGGCGAACAAUAAUCCCGACCUUUCGCUUUUCGCCAUUUGGACAAUCCGAGACGCUCUUGAGGAAGACAACGUAUCAGAUCCUGCUGUGGCAGCAGCCAGUGUUUGGUUCAUCUAUGCAGCUUCUGCAUUAUUGAACUUCAGCAAGAACCAGAAGUCGUUCGAAGGCAAAGUGGCGAAAGGUGGAUUUGCUCAUAAGGAUGCGGGCUGGACAGGUUAUUCGCCAGCGAGAUGGCAGGUAUGGCAGCAGAGGCUGGAUAACAUCAGAGGUGAGGUGAAGAGAGAGGAGACCAAGCAGUUGGUGCAGGCUGCCAUUGAUGCUAUCGGCAAGACCAGUUGAGGUGACUGGUGUGACUGUUACAGGUCGUGAAGGAGGAAGUAGCAAUGCCAAAUAUCUUGAAAAUGACCUGGUGUAUGCGGUGCAUGCAGCAAAAGUUGUCGAAGG